AGGGAGCUCUGCGCGCUGCGACUGGCAAACCCGCCCAGGCCCGGACCGUUCUCACUUUCAUUUAGCCCUGCACUCCAUGGAGGGGCGGACUUGCCAGUGCUUGAUGCAGUCUCACUAGUGUAGGAAAACGGCUCAACUCUCCCCGCCGCCGAGAUGAAGUAUAAGAAUCUUAUGGCAAGGGCCUUAUACGACAAUGUCCCAGAGUGUGCUGAGGAACUGGCCUUCCGCAAGGGAGACAUCCUGACUGUCAUAGAGCAGAACACAGGAGGACUGGAAGGAUGGUGGCUCUGCUCCUUACAUGGUCGACAAGGCAUUGUCCCAGGCAACCGGGUGAAGCUUCUGAUUGGCCCCAUUCAGGAUACCCCCUCCAGUCAGGACCAGCCUACUUCUGGGCUAAUGCACCAGACCUUUGGCCAACAGAAGCUCUAUCAAGUGCCAAACCCACAUGGUGCCCCUCGAGACACCAUCUACCAAGUGCCACCUUCCUACCAACAUCAGGGAAUUUACCAGGUCCCCACUAGCCAUGGUACCCAGGAACAAGAUGUGUAUCAAGUACCACCAUCAGUGCAGAGAAGCAUUGGGGGAGCUAAUGGUCCCCACUUAAGCAAAAAGGUGGUAACCCCCAUGAGGACAGGCCAGGGCUACGUCUACGAGUACCCGUCCAGAUACCAAAAGGACAUCUACGACAUCCCUCCUUCCCACGCCACACAAGGGGUGUACGAUAUCCCUCCAUCAUCAGUGAAAGGCCCUGUGUUUUCAGUCCCAGUGGGAGAGAUAAAACCUCAAGGCGUCUAUGACAUCCCUCCUACUAAAGGGGUAUAUGCCAUCCCACCCUCUGCUUGCCGAGAUGAGGCAGGGCUUAGGGAAAAAGAGUAUGAUUUCCCCCCUCCAGUGAGACAAGCUGUAAGGCUGGACGUCAGACCUGAGGGCAUCUAUGACAUCCCCCCAACCAGCUCCAAGCCGAUGGGGAAGGACCUUCACAUAAAAUAUAACUGUGAUGCUCCGGGAGCCACUGACCUGGCGACACGAAGACACCAAAGCGUCUCGCUGAACCACCCGCCCUCACAGCUGGGACAGUCCCUGGGUCCCCAGAACGAUGCCUACGACAUCCCACGAGGGGUUCAGUUUCUGGAGCCGCCAACAGAAACCAGUGAGAAAGCAAACCCCGAAGAAAGAGACGGUGUGUACGACGUCCCUCUGCACAACCCCCCAGAUGCCAAAGGCUCUCAGGACAUGGUCGAUGGUAUCAACCGGUUAUCUUUCUCCAGCACGGGCAGCACCAGGAGCAACAUGUCCACAUCUUCCACCACCUCCAAGGAAUCUUCCUUGUCGGCCUCCCCAUCUCAGGACAAAAGGCUCUUGCUGGAUCCAGACACAGCCAUCGAGAGGCUUCAGCGGCUCCAGCAGACCCUGGAGAUGGGCGUCUCCAGCCUCAUGGCGCUGGUGACCACAGACUGGCGGUGUUACGGAUACAUGGAACGACACAUCAACGAGAUCCGCACGUCCGUGGACAAGGUGGAGCUGUUCGUGAAGGACUACCUCCAUUUUGCCAAGGGAGCUGUAGCAAAUGCUUCCUGCCUCCCUGAACUCAUCCUCCACAACAAAAUGAAGCGGGAGCUCCAAAGAGUGGAAGACUCCCACCAGAUCCUGAGCCAGACCAGCCACGACUUAAAUGAGUGCAGCUGGUCCCUGAAUAUUCUGGCCAUCAACAAGCCCCAGAACAAGUGUGAUGACCUGGACCGGUUUGUGAUGGUGGCAAAGACAGUGCCUGAUGAUGCCAAGCAGCUCACCACAACCAUCAACACCAAUGCAGAGGCCCUCUUUAGACCUGGCCCUGGCAGCUCGCCUGUGAAGAGUGGGUCCGAGAACAUCAUGAACUCCACGGAGUACCCACACCCUGCAUCGCAGAUGCAGCUGCUACAUCCUGGGGACCACAAGGCCCAGGUCCUCCACAAGCCACUGCUCCCAAGCCUGGGCAAGGACCAGCCUCCUGACUGUAGCAGCAGUGACGGCUCUGAAAGGAGCUGGAUGGAUGAUUAUGACUACGUCCACCUACAGGGGAAGGAGGAGUUUGAGAGGCAACAGAAAGAGCUGCUGGAAAAAGAAAAUAUCAUCAAACAGAACAAGAUGCAGCUGGAGCAUCAUCAACUGAGUCAGUUCCAGUUGUUGGAACAAGAAAUCACCAAGCCCGUGGAGAACGACAUCUCCAAGUGGAAGCCUUCUCAGAGCCUCCCGACCACAAACAGCAGCGUGGGCGCACAGGAUCGGCAGCUGCUCUGCUUCUACUACGACCAGUGCGAGACCCAUUACAUCUCCCUCCUCAAUGCCAUCGACGCCCUCUUCAGCUGCGUCAGCUCGGCCCAGCCGCCGCGCAUCUUCGUGGCCCACAGCAAGUUUGUCAUCCUGAGCGCACACAAACUGGUGUUCAUUGGGGACACGUUGACAAGGCAGAUUGCCGCCCAGGACAUUCGCAACAAAGUGAUGAACUCCAGCAACCAGCUCUGCGAGCAGCUCAAGACGAUCGUGAUGGCGACCAAGAUGGCGGCCCUCCAUUACCCCAGCACCACGGCCCUGCAGGAGAUGGUGCACCAAGUGACAGACCUGUCCAGGAAUGCCCAGCUCUUCAAGCGUUCUUUGCUGGAGAUGGCCACCUUCUGAGAGGAGAAGGAGGGAAGGCGGGGACUGAGUGCGCUACUAAGGAAAACUGGAAAUGCUAUCUGGUUUUUGUAAAUGUUAUCUAUUUUUGUAGAUAAUUUUAUAUGAAAAUGAACUAUUUUAACAUUUUAUGGGUUAGACAACAUUGAGAAAUUCAGGGAGCUAGAGGGGGAAUUUUUUUUUUUCCUGUGUGAUUCUUAUGUAAACACAGAAGCAUCUAAGGCAUAAACUGUACAGAAACUGGUCCACGUGCGUGUGUAUGCCUGUGUAUUGGUGUUCGUUUGUAGAUGUUUGUCCGAUACAUUCCAUUAGAAAACAUGAAUGAAGAAGCACCUUAGUAAGCACGUCCUAAUGCUGCAUUUUUUUUUUUUUUUU